AUGUCCGCCGCUGUUAGAGUCGCGCAGACGUCCCAGGCGUCUAUCAAGUCCUUGAUCACGCUCAUGAACAAGUCUUGCGCCUGCCCCGCCCACUCCCAAGCCCGUCGCGUCCUCCAAAACAACAACUCUGCAUCCGACGCCACGAGCAAACACCACCACCACACCAAGGACUGUUCCCACGCAAGCCACGCCGACACCGAGCACGAGUACGCCUUUGAGAUGGCCUCGUCGACCAUGCGGUUCGGAGAAGGUGUCACCCGCGAGGUGGGCCAAGACCUGGUCAACAUGAAGGCCAAGAAGGUCCUUGUCAUGACCGACCCCAACAUUGCCAAGCUGCCCGUUAUGAAGACUGUCAUCGAGUCCUUGACGGCCAACAAUGUCCCCUUUGUGGUCUACGACAAGACCCGUGCUGAGCCUACGGACAAGAGUUUCAUGGAUGCUAUUGCGUUCACGAAGGAGCAUCGUCCAGAUGUGUUUCUUGCGGUUGGUGGUGGGUCGGUCAUGGAUACCUGCAAGGCGGCCAACUUGUACUAUAAUUACCCUGACGCAGAUCUGCUGGAGUUUGUGAACGCCCCCAUUGGCAAGGGUAGUGUCAUCACCAAAGACCUCUCCCCCCUGAUCGCCAUUCCCACGACUGCGGGAACGGGAAGCGAGACCACAGGAACAGCGAUUUUCGACUAUGAGCCCCUCCGCGUCAAGACAGGCAUUGCCAACCGCAAAUUGCGCCCCACCCUGGGAAUCGUCGACCCCCUCAACACCCGCACCAUGCCCAGUCAGGUCAAAAUCGCGUCUGGUCUCGAUGUUCUCUGUCACGCGUUGGAAUCCUACACUGCCCUGCCUUACACUGAACGCACCCCUCGACCUGCUAACCCUGCUGAAAGACCUGCCUAUCAGGGAUCGAACCCCAUCUCGGACAUCUGGUCGUUGGAGGGUUUGAGAUUGACGGUCAAGUAUCUCGCUCGGUCGGCGAAGGAUCCUUUGGAUAUGGAGGCUAACUCUCAGAUGUGUCUUGCUGCCGCGGCUGCCGGAACUGGAUUUGGAUCCGCUGGUGUCCAUUUGUGCCAUGGCAUGAGUUAUCCCAUCAGUGGAUUAAACAAGACAUACAAGCAUCCCGAGUACAAUGUCGACCACAGCAUUGUCCCCCAUGGAAUCUCCGUGGCGGUAACGGCCCCAGCUGUCUUCAGGUACACAGGCGCAGCCUGCCCCGACCGUCACUUCAAGGCCGCCGAGAUCUUUGGUGCCGAUCUGACCAAGAUCCGGAAGGCCGAGUCUGCUGGACCCCUGUUGGCAGAUCAAUUGACAAAGUUCUUGGAGGACUUGGGAGUCCCUAAUGGUAUUGGUGCGUUGGGAUACACCAAGGCAGAUAUCCCUGCGCUGGUCAAGGGAACGUUGCCCCAGCAUCGGGUCACCAAGUUGGCGCCUUUGGCUACGGGUGCUGAGGCGCUUGAGAGGAUCUUUGAGGAUGCUAUGAAGAACUAUUAG